AUGGGUUACUAUCUUCCAGCAGCGCUCGGGAUCUCAACGUCCACAGCGACGGCCAUCGGGCUGUACUUGCUCUUCACAGGGCAAGGCGAACGGUUCAACCCCGGUCAAUUCCUCGCAGAGUCCUCGCCUUACGCUUGGGCACUACUAGGCGUGGGGUUGUGUAUCGGCUUAUCGGUCGCUGGAGCAGGAUGGGGUAUCUUCGUCACGGGCGCUUCGAUCUUGGGUGGAGGUGUGCGUGCACCAAGAAUUAGGACCAAGAACUUGAUCUCCAUCAUCUUCUGUGAAGUCGUCGCUAUCUACGGUGUCAUCAUGGCCAUCGUCUUCUCCUCGAGGAUAAACGGGAACGGGCAAGAUACCUACUCGGCCAACAACUACUACACCGGCUUCGCACUCUUCUGGGGAGGUCUGACUGUCGGGAUCUGCAACCUUCUGUGUGGUGUCUCAGUCGGGAUCACGGGCUCGACCGCCGCUUUGGCAGAUGCCGCCGACCCGCAGCUUUUCGUCAAGAUCCUUAUCGUCGAGAUUUUCGGGUCGGUUCUUGGUCUCUUUGGACUGAUCGUCGGCCUGUUGAUCUCCGGCAAAGCCGAAGAGUUCAAGUAG